GUAGGAAAAUAAAAGAAAGGAGGAAUCUUUUGGCUCAGCUGGGACUAGUAAAUCUUCUUUCGACUCAUAUUAGACUUGGGUUUUUGUUUAGUUUUCGAUAACUGAAGCUCGCAUAGCUAUAACUUUUGUUUCUCUAUCCUUUCCUUUUCACUUAAACUAUCUAGGGAAUCAAACACUUCACAUACCCCACUGAUGGCUUUUGUUCGUGGGUGCACAUCGUUGACUGAAUUAUCUUUGCCUUUUUAUCGGCACUGCUUUUUGCCUCCUCAAUUUAAUCAAACUUUCUUUCCAAAACCUAGUCUUGGAAGAUUUUCAACCAGAAUAUGUAACCACCAAAAUCCAAACUUUGCUCUUAGAAAACCAAAAUUCAGGAUCUUCACGUCGGUGGAAUUAGACCAAUAUGUAACGGGUGAUGAUGAAGAUGAAAUGAGCGAAGGCUUCUUCGAGGCAAUUGAAGAAUUAGAGAGAAUGACAAGGGAAGCCUCUGAUGUUCUUGAAGAAAUGAAUGAUAAGUUGUCAUCAAGAGAGUUGCAGUUAGUUCUAGUUUACUUUUCUCAAGAAGGGAGAGAUUCUUGGUGUGCGCUUGAAGUAUUUGAGUGGCUCAGAAAGGAGAAUAAGGUUGAUAACGAGACAAUGGAACUUAUGGUUUCAAUUAUGUGUAGUUGGGUCAAGAAGCUGAUUGAAGGAGAGUGUGAUGUUGGUGACGUGGUUGAUCUCCUCGUGGAAAUGGAUUGCGUGGGGUUGAUACCGGGUUUUAAUAUGAUUGAGAAGGUGAUUUCGAUGUAUUGGGAGAUGGAUAAAAGGGAGGAAGCUGUUAUUUUUGUGAAGGAAGUUUUGAACCGGGGAAUUUCAUAUGAAGAUGAUGAUGGUGAAGGGAAGAAGGGUGGGCCAGCUGGCUAUCUUGCUUGGAAGAUGACGGUUGAGGGUAACUAUGUGGAUGCCAUCAGAUUGGUGAUUGAACUUAGAGAAUCCGGGUUGAAGCCCGAGAUUUACAGCUACCUCAUGGCAAUGACAGCAAUAGUCAAAGAGCUUAAUGAAUUUGCAAAAGCCUUGCGAAAGUUGAAAGGUUUUGCCAGGUCUGGCUUAGUUGCUGAACUUGAUAUGGAAAAUAUACAACUUAUAGAAAAGUAUCAGUCUGAUCUUCUUGCUGAUGGAAUAAAGUUGUCUAAUUGGGCAAUUCAAGAAGGAAGUCCUUCAAUUAAUGGGUUGAUUCAUGAGAGGCUUCUUGCUAUGUAUAUUUGUGCUGGUCAUGGACUUGGAGCCGAAAAGCAACUGUGGGAGAUGAAGAUUGCUGGUAAAGAAGCUGAUGGAGACCUUUACGACAUUGUUUUAGCUAUUUGUGCUUCCCAGAAGGAGACUAGUGCAAUAUCGCGGUUGCUUUCUAGAUUGGAGGUUUCAAGAUCCCUGCGUAGGAGGAAAACUUUAUCCUGGUUAUUGAGAGGUUAUAUUAAAGGAGGGCAUAUAGGUGAUGCUGCUGAAACAGUGGUCAAAAUGCUUGAUUUGGGCUUAUAUCCAGCGUAUUUAGACAGGGCAGCUGUUCUGCAGGAACUGAGGAAAAGGAUCCACCAGCCAGGAAACAUUAGAAUUUAUGUCGAUUUCUGCAAAAGACUAUAUGAUGCGAGUUUGAUUGGACCUUGCCUCUUGUAUCUGUAUAUGAAGAAAUAUAAGCUUUGGGUUAUAAGAAUGCUUUAAAGUUUAAGAAUGGAAUUUUCAGUACAUUUUCUGGGUCAAGUAUUUAUUGGAAAAGUAUAGGAGUUUUGUGAACCUGAGUUUUAGAUGGCCGUUUAGCACUAUAAGGGUCCUCAAUAGAAGAUAUGCAGGCCAAAGUUGAACACUAGAAAUACAUGGUGAACAUUUUGUUCUUUGGGUCAUUUAAACA